AUGUCCUACCUCCCCAAGACGUGGACUAGUGGUGCCUUCCAGAAGCGGGGUAUAACCAUGCGAAAGCCCGAGGAUUGGUUGGCGCACUACGGCAGCGUACGCGAGGAAGAGGCAGAGAUGGUGUUCCGUCACAAGCCCGGCACCGACCCGCACUUGAAACGUGAGUACAAAAAUAAAAAGUACAAGUACGGCACUCGCAUCACACCAGAACAAGCGCCUUCAGCCGAAGUUGCGGGAGAGCAACAUCUAGAUGCCGAUGGAAAUAACAAGACCCCUCCGGAUGAGCAAGACGCUGAACCGGUUCCAAAGCUGGGGGACAAGGAUUUCCUCGGGCCAAAGAUGGACAGCUUGCAGGACUGGCUCAGAAAAUUCGGGCCGCCGGACGCCUACAAUGCGCAGCUUACCUCGACUUGCUGCCGCGACCGCGAUAUCAAAUGCAAAAAUGUCUGGGUCUGGAAACUUGUUAUGCUGGGUGGCGUAUCACGAAGAGGCCACAAGUGCUGGCUCAGCAUGACAAGUUUCUGAGCUUCGAGGUGUUGCCUAUUCUGCAUGACGGACUGCGUUUCUGCAUGACAGAAAAAUGGGGCUCUUGGGUAAUGUGCAUGACAAGUUUAAGAGUCAUAUGAGACAAGCAUGACAAACUUCAACUUGCAUUCUUCCAGACCCAGACAUUUUUGCACUUGAUACGCGAACAGGAUUUCGGCAAGCUCACGGUGAUCAAAAUGAAACAAAAAUUCUCCGUAUCAAAUGUAAAAAUGUCUGGGUCCUCUGGAAACUUGUAAUGCUGAGUUGUGAGGAGUGAACUCUCUGUAAUGCACAGCCAAGCACGAGAAAUAUUUGCGCUACUUAGUGUUGCGCUUUCCGCAUGACAAGCUGCGUUUUGAAUGACAGGCAACACCAGGGUCUCUUCUUGGAUACGCAUCACAAAACUUUUCAGUCAUGCCAGAGAAGCAUGACAGAUCUUGCAUCCUUCCAGACCCAGACAUUUUUACAUUUGAUACUCCGUCUUUUUCGGCAAGCGCAUCCGCAACCGACACCCCGAGAUGCGCACGCAGCUACCGGACUCGAAAGCGGAAAGAGGUGUCUUGGUGCACACUAUCGCCACGAGUCACCCAAACCAAGAAAUCCCACGAGUGGAAACCUGGCUCGAAAAAACCAGGAAGGCCAACGCACUUGGCGGUCUGGCGAAGAAGUAA